GCUCGGUCGCCGCGUUAACGCGCGGAAGGCGGGUGUUUCAGCAUGAGCUUACGGGUCGCGCGGGCCCCGUGGGCCUGGGGCUUGGGCGCCAGCUGCCGCCGCCGCGCCUCGAGCUUCCCGGGGCCUCCGCUCGGCGCCGAGGGCGUGGCGGAGCUGCUGCGAGGAGCGACGCAGGCGGAGGAGGGGCCCCGGGCGGCGGAGACGCGGCGGACGCCGGGCCAGUGCUCGGUGCUGCUCUUCCCGGGCCAGGGCAGCCAGCUGGUGGGCAUGGGCCGCGGUCUGCUCGCCUACCCGCGCGUCCGAGAGCUCUACGCCGCCGCCCGCCUCGUGCUGGGCUACGACCUGCUGGAGCUGAGCCUGCACGGGCCGCAGGAGGCCCUGGACCGCACCGCGCACUGCCAGCCCGCUAUCUUCGUGGCUUCGCUGGCCGCGGUCGAGAAACUCCAUCACCUGCAGCCAGCGGUUAUUGAGAACUGUGUUGCUGCUGCUGGAUUUAGUGUGGGAGAAUUUGCAGCCCUAGUUUUUGCCGGAGCCAUGGAAUUUUCUGAAGGUCUGUAUGCAGUGAAAAUCCGAGCUGAGGCCAUGCAGGAAGCUUCAGAAGCUGUCCCCAGUGGGAUGUUGUCUGUCCUUGGCCGGCCUCAGUCCAAGUUCAACUUCGCCUGUUUGGAAGCCCGGGAGCACUGCAAGUCUCUGGGCAUAGAGAACCCCGUGUGCGCAGUGUCCAACUACCUCUUUCCUGAGUGCAGGGUGAUUUCAGGACACCUAGAGGCUCUGAAGUUUCUCCAGAAGAAUUCCUCUAAUUAUCACUUCAGACGCACCAAGCUGUUGCCAGUUAGUGGUGGGUUCCACACCCGCCUCAUGGAGCCAGCCUUGGAGCCCCUGGCUCAAGUUUUAAAGACAAUCAGCAUUAAGACGCCUCUGGUUUCCGUCCACUCAAACAUCAAUGGGAACAGAUACAUGCACCCCAAGCACAUCCAGGAGCUGCUGGCCCGGCAGGUGGUCUCCCCGGUGAAGUGGGAGCAGACGAUGCACGCCAUCUACGAAAGGAAGAAGGGCACUGCGUUCCCCCAGACUUUCGAAGUCGGCCCUGGGAACCAGCUGGGGACCAUCCUGAAGAACUGUAACCUGCAGGCCUGGAAGUCGUACAGCCACGUGGACACACUGCAGCCCACCGAGGACCCAGACCUGGACCCCGAGGAGUCUCCGCGAUGACCCGUCUGUCCUCGCAAGUACAGGCUGUGGGCUGCGCCUGCGCCACCCACCGUGCUCACCCCCCGUUCAGCAGCUGGGGGACCGUCCCAUAUUCGUUUACACCCCCAAGAAAUACGUAUUGAGCGCAUGCUGGAUGCCACAGAGUGAGCAGCCUCUGCCCUGGGAGAAGAGGGUCCUCAGCAAGGUGCAGGGGUGUGCAGGUGCCUGGGAAAGGGGCCCGGCUUCCCCAUGCAGCGCCCCCCGGGAGACCCACCGUGUGGGGCCGCGAUCAGGGCACCCAGAGCCAGGCGCAGUCUGCUCUGAGAAAGCAGCUCCUUGAAUUAUUAAAUAUGAGAAAUUCUAA